AUGAAUAAUGCCAAUGAUAAUAUUCAGAAAGAAUUAUCAUCCCUUGAAAUACCUCUUAAUCCAUUAUCAACAGUAAAUCCAAAUGAGUUUUAUAACAUUAUUGAACAACAAUAUGGUGGGAUUUGGGGAACAUUUAAAUUUGAAGAUUCUCUUGGUGAUUAUUCUGGUGAGGGUCGAUCAUUUCUUUAUAUUAAUGGUAAUAUUGAUUUAACUGUUCUAAGACAAUUCAUGGCCAAUGAAUGGAAAUUAGAAGCACCAAAUUUAGUUAUAUCUAUUCUAAGUGCAAUUUCUCGUUUUAAACUAUUUAAAAAUCUUCAAACGAUUGAAGCAUUAAAAACUGGCAUAAGAAAUACUGUAAAUGCUACAGAAAUAUGGUUUAUAACAAAUGGUCUCGAGCUUGGUAUGCCACAAUUAAUUGGAUCUGCUUUUCGAGAUGAAAUUUCAUUCAGACAAGCUGAUGAUGCAUGGGCAAUACAGAUGGGUCGUGACCCAAAAAAACGUAAAAAAUUAGUUUUAAUUGGCAUUGAUGUAAAAGUACCAACGCGUAAACGUGAUCAAAUAUCAUUAAAUAGUGAUCAUACACAUUUUAUUAUAAUUCGUGAACAACCAAUUGAUUCUAAUUCAAUAAAUGAUUCAGUAAAAAAAAAUAUUACCAUUGAUACUGGUGGAAAACAGUUAGAAAAAAUAACUGAUUCAGCUGACAGUGUUACAAAUAAAUUUCGUGAUCGUUUUGAAAAUUUUUUAUAUGAAGAAAAAUCACAAGAACAAACCACAUCUCCUGUUGAAUCACCAUCACCACCACCACCACCAUCACCACCAGUAACAACUGAUGCUGCAGCAGUAACACCGGAUAAAUCUAAAUCAUGGGGUGACAAUGGUUUUCCAAUGGUAUGUACAUUAGCUCGUGGUACACCAGGAACUAUUGAACGUGCAUAUCGAAAAAUUCAAAAUGAAAUUCCUAUCAUAGCAGUUAAAGGAACUGGAUCAGCUACUGAUCUUAUUGCAUUUGCUUAUGAAGAAAUUUGUGCUAAAAUUGAACAAGAAUAUGAAGAUAGUCAGUUCAAAGUUGAAUUAGCUCGACGUCUACUCGAUGAUUAUCCUUUAUUAAGAUAUAAUAAUGUUAAACGAAAUGAAAUUCGUGAUUGUAUUAUUUCAAUUGUAUCAAUUGUUAAAAAAAAUGAGCAAAAAAACAGAAAAUUUUUAACAUUUAUUGAUAUUAAUAGUGCAACAGCAUCAUUAAAUGAUUUUCAUAAAUUUAUUCUUUUAGCACUUUUACAAUCACAAAAACCAAUAACUGGCGGUAAACUUCUUGCUCAAUUAAAACGAAAUCUUUUUUUAACACUUGAUUGGAAUACGCCAGAUUUAGCUUUAUCAGAAAUUUUUCAACGUGAUGAUAAUAUGAAAUAUACUAUUCAACCAGAAUUAUUUGAUAAAGCUAUACUUGGAAAAAAACUUGAACCUUUUGUUGAUUUAUUUCUUGAUCGAGAUUUUAUUUUACAUCGAUAUUUAAAAUCAGACAAAUUAAUUUAUUUAUUCAAUAAUGCAAAAGAUAAAGAAUUUUUCACAACAAUAUCAAUUGAAGGAAUUCUUGGACUGACAGGAGAUGAAAGUGUACUGAACAAAGCAUUUGUUGAAAAGGGUCUUAAUAAUAUAGUUAAACAAUUAACGGAUAUUAGUCAGUUUUUUAAUGAACAUGAAAUGGAUUGUAAUGCAAUGGGAAUUUAUUUUGGUACUAAAUCAGAAAAUGGUGUUCGACGACAAAGAAGGCGAGCUGAAAAAAAAGCUCUUCGAAAUUUAGUUAUUUAUGCUGUAUUAAUGAAUCGACAUCAAUUAGCAAAAAUUCUUUGGAAACGUUCAUUUGAACCAAUUCCAUUAGCAUUAAUUUGUUAUAUGAUGUAUUCAAACUUAGCACCAUAUUGUUAUGAAACUUAUCAAAAAACAUUAAUGGAAAAACAAGCAACAGAAUUUUCCGAGUGUGCUUUAGGUGUUCUUGAGAAAGCAUUCAAUGAAGAUAGUACGAGAACAUUUGAAAUGCUUAAUGAAACACAUCCGGAUUGGAGUCAUAUGGCAACUAUUGAAUUAGCUUAUAAUGCAGACAAUAAAGAUUUUAUGGCACAUGCUGCUUGUCAAAAAUGGGUUACAAGACAAUUUUAUGGAGAAAUUACACCUCGUGAACUUUCAUGGGGAUUAUUUAAAUGUCCUGAUUCUAUUAAAAUUAUAUCUAGUGCUAUUUUGAUAUUUCCAAUGUUGUUUUGGAUAAAUUUUUCACCAAUCGGUCAAGCACCUUCGACACCGAAAAAACCAAGUGAUUUACCAUCUGAUACAAAAAAAGGUUCAGAACCUGUACCAAAUAUUGAUAAAGCUAAACAAUUAGCUGAACAUGUUGGUGAAGUUAACAUUCGAGAAGGAAAUGGAUUUUUACAACGAAUAAGACGUUGUUUUCGUGGUAAUAAUUCAGGAACACAAAAAACUACAUCAGAUGUGUCGAAGCCUGAUGAAAAAAAACUGGGUUUUUUUGAAAAAAUUCAUGUUUUAUGGUCAGCACCAAUAACGAAAUUUUAUACCAACUUCGUUGCCUAUCUUGCAUUUUUAUUUUUUUUUACAUUGGCUGUAAUGUGGCCAUCAUGUGGAAAUUUAUUCCUUGAUUGUUUUGUUUGGUUUUGGGCAACAUCGAUUACUUUUGAAAAUACACGAGUUUCUUAUGAAAAAUAUUGUUCUCAAAGUAAUCUACCUUUGCAAAAAGCAGUAAUUGAAAUUAUUGUACAAAUUAUAUUCCUAGCUCUUUAUCUUUGUGUUAGAAUUAUUGGUUUAUGGCGUUUUGGAACUUGUCAUAUUCUAUCAGCAAAAUCAAUCUUAGGCUUCGGAUUAAUUUAUUAUUAUUAUCGAAUAUUAUUUACAUUCUUACCAGUAAGUCCAAAACUUGGUCCAAUGAUGAUUCGACUUCAACGUAUGGUAAUCAAUGAUUUUCUUACAUUUUUACAAUUAUUUGCAAUAUUUAUGAUAUCAUCUUCUGUUGCAAUAACAAGUGUACUUUAUCCACAUUAUCCACUGAGUCUAGAUUUAUUUUCAAGAGUUUUUGUUUUUCGUGGUUUAAUGGCAUUAUUUACUACUGAUGCGAGUGAUUUAAAAAAUCAAGAUCAUUCAUGUUCAAUAAAUAGAACAGGUUUAACAGAAAAAGAAAAUGUUUGUUUACGAUUAUCAAAUGGUCUUUCAUUUAAUUAUGAUAAUAUUGAUUCAUAUCAACGAUAUGGAAUAGAAACACCAAAAUGCAAUCAAAUAUCAUGGAUAGCAUGGCUUUUACUUAUACAAUAUUUCUUUUUAUCAAAACGUUUUCUUACAAGUCUUUUAACAGCUAUGUUUAGUAUAACCGGAGCAAGAGUACAAAAACAAUCUGAACAAAUCUGGAUGUUUAAUCGAUAUGAAAUUGUUAUGGAAUAUGCUAAACGACCACGUUUACCACCACCAUUUGUUUUUAUUUCUUAUAUUGUUAUGUUGAUAAUACGUUGUAGUCAUCUUUGCAUUGUAAAACUCAAAGAGUAUUCUGAUAAAAAGAAUUCUGCUACAUGUCGAAUUCGUACACAAUCAUCAACAACAACAACAGAUAAUCAUGAUGAACAUACAGAUGGUACUAACAAUCCAUCAACUGAAAUAAUCCAAGAUCGUUCAUUGAUUGGACGUUGCCUUAAUUGUAAACCAUGUAAAACAAUUACAGAAAAUCAAAACAAGAAAAAUAAUAUGAAGAAUCUUGAUACACAAGAUAGUGACGCUAAUAUAUAUUGGAAAUAUAAAGCUAAAGAAUUUUAUGAUAAAACACAAGAAGGUGAUCAAGUACAAGUAAAUCUUGAUAAUUUAUCAAAUUAUGUAAUAAAUAUACAAAAAGAUUCGGAUGUACAACGAAUAUCAUUACGACAAAUCAAUGAUCGUGCUGGUUCAUUAGAUAGAUUAAUGAUUGAUACACAUAUAUUAAUUGAAAAAAUUCGUUCAAAAAUUCAACGAGAAGAUAAAUCAUUACCUGAACUUGAUAAAUUUGCUCAUAUUUUAUCAAGAGAAUCACCAUAUAUUUAUACAAAUGAACCACGAUUUCCAGUUACAGAAAGAUAUAUUUCUUGGAAGAUACAAUUUUACUCAUAUGAUCCAACCAUAAUUUCAUUACCAAAAGAACAUGUUUGUUUUAAAGAUAGUGAACGACCUUUCGUUGAACCGGAUUUAUUAAAAACAACUUCUGAUGAUGAUGAUCAUGUUACUCUUACUGAUGAGUAUGAAAAUGAAUCACCAGUUAUUGCUGAUACAGAUGCUACAUCAUCAGUACCUAUAACUCAACCGGACUUAUAUGAAGCUAUUGAAACACCAGCAACAACAGUAACAAAUGAUAUUAUUAUUCCAUUUACAGACUUCAAAUGGAAUCAAAUAGUUGAAUUACAAUUAUCCAAUGGAAACAAAAUCAUUAUGGAUCGAACAACUUGGAUAAAAAGUCCUGAAGAUAAUACAUCUCCAACUUAUCCAUUAGAUCCUCAAUUAUCAAUACCUUUAAAUCCAAUGGGUCGUACAGGUGUACGUGGUCGUGGUGCAUUAAUUCGAUGGGGACCAAAUAAAUCUAUUAUGGCUGUAAUAACACGAUGGAAAAUGCAUCAUGGUGAAAUUGCUCUUAUUGAUGGACAAAGAAUUUUACAAGCUUUAGUAUUUAAACAUAAAUCGACCAAUGAUUGGAAAUUACCUGGAGGAAAAAUUUUAGGUGUUGAAUCUCCAUAUAAUGCUAUAUGUCGUAGUUUUAAUAAACUUGCUUUUAAAGAUUAUAAUUCUGAACAAAGUUUAUCAGUACAAGAAAAAGAUAUGAUUGAAUAUUUUCAAUCAUUUGCUCGUUUGUCGUUAAGUACUACUGAACCAACUGGAUUUACAUCUUCUAUGAUUUAUCGAGGAUAUAUUGAUGAUUUGCGUAAUACAGAUAAUGCUUGGGCAGAAGCAGAAAUAUGGAAUUUUCAUUAUGAUUCAGACAUAUCAUUGCCUAAUUUGCGUACAGAUGGUAUGGCAAUAUGGAAAGAUAUAACGAAUAAUUCUCGAGGUAUUCUUAUUCAAACAUCAAUUCUACGCGAAAUAGCUCGAAUUCGUAAUGCGUAUUUUGAGUAA